AAUUUUCAACAAUAUCCCGAUAUGACUACUAUGGUUAAUUCUAACUCUUCCAUGGUUGUCCCCAUGGUUGAAUCUACUUUUGUUGAUCAUCGAUUUUGUAAUGUGUGUGGUAAAAGAAUUACUAGAGAUAUGUCAAGACAUAUGAGAACUCAUCAAUCAAUUUCAAGAUUUACUUGUAAAUUUCCUAAAAAUCAAUGUCGUCAUAAAUCAGGUAGAUUUAAUAGACCUUAUGAUUAUAAAAAACAUUUAUUAAAUAGACAUUUUAAAUUUGAUGUUGGUGAAAUUAAAAAAUUACAUAAUUUAAGUGAUAAAUUAGAUCAUUGGGGUACUUGUGUUUGUGGGGUUAGAUUUAUUGGUAAAGAUUGGUUAAAUGAUCAUAUUUUAACUGAUGAUGUUAAUAAAAAAUGCCCCUUUAUCGAA